GACCAGCCAGUCAUGGCCUAACAGACUGAAUGCAAUGUAUCAAUCCGUGGGCGCUGUAUGCAUUCACUGUACCCACAUGCCAGCAACUACAAGAUGUUCAAGUUCCUUGCAAGAGGUUGCUACUACAAUUAGCUCUGUUAUUCACCCAAAUGCUUCUUUUCGUAGCCUGAGGAGGGCGACUUCGAACGCAGUGAUUCGCACUGAUGUGCUGUACCUGUCAGGAUUGUCCGAAUUAUAAAGUGCGUGUAACACGCACGCAGCUGCUACUACGUCAGUCGGCAGUACCUGCUUAGCAACCGACAUUGGCUGCCCGGUAAACUGCUCCUCAAACCAACUCAAGACACCAAGCGCUUCAAGGAAUUCACAGACACAUACUAUAGCUGACAAGUAACGACGCAACGCAUGAACAAACCUCAGCAAACAAUAUUGACUAGGACGAGAAGCUAUUGUUGAUGUUUAAGUGAGUGUGAUCAGCCCGUGAUUUGCCUACUGUACCAGUUCUCACCUACUCUAAAAACUUGUCAACUGGUCGCUCAGCCAACACAAGGCUUCUAUGCUUCGACAUGCCUGACUAUUGUAAAACGGCUGGAUAAUAUUUGCAUUGGGACAAGAUUUCACCUGCUUCACACACAGUAUUUGCUAUCCAAACAAGGCCUGCAUAGCUGAAGGGUCAGAACGAUGUAGCCUUGCUCCGUCAGGUGGCUACUGUGACAUUAUGCUGAAUACGUGGUGAAGUGAGCGCUCAAUACAUUGCUGGUUACUGAUGCUGGGCUAUUAAUGAUACAUCAGCAAACUACAGGAAUCAAGCUGAUCAAACUUCCUCGCUGAGGUGAAAUUUUGAACAUCACUGAAGACGAAGAAACGAAGUCUGCCGGCCGCGCAUUCAACUUCGCAUUUUAUUAAUUUGUUUACAGACGACACGUUUAUCAUCGUAAAGGAUGUUGUCAAUGGAACUUUUAACUUCCUGGACCAACAUAAGAAUGAUUGCUUCACUUCCGUGAUUGCCUGGUUCAAUCCAGACCUGAUAUUGGUAAAGUCAACUUAAAUAGUACUGAGACAAAAACAACUACGCUUCAGUCACGACAAAUGUCGCAAUAAUCUGUUGUAAACAACUAUCUUCCUGUGAGAAAUUAAAAUAGAUUCGUCUUACAUAACGAGACAAAAGUCGGACUUGAUUCCUGUGAGUGAUACCAUCAUCUGAUGACCGCUUCCUGUGCAUAGAUAGAACGCGGCCUAACACAGUUUCCUGUUAACGUACUUUGUUAGCGGUGUCUGUGUGAUAUACCGUGCACUUAAUUACUGGAUAUAACCCAGGUAUUCGAGAAUCGGAGUCCCUCUGGUGAGAUCAUCGAAUUUGUUUCAGUUCAUCAGUUAAUGAUGUGAAAUGAACGCCUGAACAGCAAACUACUUGGAAUAUCCCCCAACUAAACCAACAUGGGCUCUUCAGAACUCCUGCUGCACAAUCGCAAAAGCUCCAUGCCUAAAUUCAGGGAAUCCUGCGAGUUGCAAACGAUCCAUGAGGACGAGGAAAGUUUAACCGAGUUGGACAAACUAAAGAGUGUUACAACUAGACUACACCUCACCACGACUCGUCCAUCCAUCGUGGAAUGGAAAGCGACUUUGGAGAAGCCACCAUUUUUGCAGAACGGUGACUGUGCUGGUGACUCUGACGACGGCCUCCGUAGAUGCCUGGAGUGUUGCGAAAAAACAGACGCAGAAAGGAAGGAGGCACUGCAACGAUCUAUCGAUUGGAUCAAAGACGAACUGGCGGCGAUGAAGUCACAGGAUCAUGUGCUAGCUAUGCAACUGAUGCGCCUACGCAGUGAGAUUCAGCAACUGAGGCUUCAAAGGAGCAUCAGUGCGCAUAAAGAGUUGAUAGAAGAUGCAGCAUAUAGCAUGGAGGAAGAAAUCGAACAAAAGACUGGACUGUGUGAUACCCCAGUUAUAGGAGUGUUCCUGCCGGGUUUGGAUAACCCACUCAAAGACUUCGGUGUGACUCGCAUGAAUUUGAAUGCCAGGAGGUUCUCGUUGCGGUAGCAAGCUUCUGACAUUCGAUUAAAGAGAAGAUACAACAUUUGCAAACAUCAAAAAACAAAAUGAUUAAAUACCACGAAAUUCGUUACUGGACUGUUGGGGAAUGACAGUCUAAAGCAUCCCGUACAAUCUUGGCUCCUGGUGUACUGACAUUUUUAA